CAGCCCAAUGACGAAUCGAGGGGUGUCGGCCGCCGCGCGAACGAGCAUCGCUGGCGGUUUGUUUUGAAUGCGCCGCUGCCAUGUUUCUCCGACGCGAAUCGCCCACGGUCAAGGCAGCGAGCGACCCACGCAUGGACAGUGGCGCGCGAGGCGACGACGGCGCUGCCCUUGAAAAGCCCUGGUCUCCGCUGGCCGCGCACAGAAUGGCGAGCACCGCGAUCCAUGCGCACCUGCAGCCUUCGUACCGGCUGCCCAUGGUGCUCGGCUUCCAGGAGCGAGAGCUUGAGGCGGCCUUCGAGCGCAAUCGAAACCCGAACUUCAGCGACCUGGCAAUCCUGGCCGCGGAGAUGGGCCUGCCGCUCAGCGCCGUCAAG